CAACAGAAUUCACUUCUCGCCGGCUCAACAAGAACGCGUCGACGUUUAGACCGCGCGCUCUGUUUCGACAGAGCCGAUAUUAAUCUCCUAUUUAUAAUAAUAAUAAAAAUAAUAUAAUAUUUAAACAAACAAAUAAAAAAACGACAAGGGUUGGCAGAAAGAAGGGAAAAAAUUGACGAAAAGAGGCUCUUUCGGAAGAGAGAAAAAAAUAUACGAGAAAUUCCCGUUAAAAUAGCACGAGUUGAAAGCGAGAUUUAGUGUGAUUCAAAGAAGAAAGAAGAGAGGAGAAAAAAUGUCGGGAGAAAAGCGUAGCCAGGAUUCCGAGGAUAGUCUGCUUUCACAGACGGUGGUAAUCGUUGAUAUCGAAGGAACGACAACCAACAUUAACUUCGUAAAGGAAACACUAUUCCCCCAUGUCAGAGAAAACCUAAAACAAUACAUUGAGAAAAAUUGGGAUUUGGAGGAGUUCAAGGCUGAUCUGGAGAAAUUGAAGGAACAGGCGAAGAAAGAUGAGACUGAUAAGGUAGAGGGUCUGGUGUCAAUAACCGGGGCAACACCUGAAGAAGAGAAAGAAUCACUCAUUAAAAAUGUCCUUUGGCAAAUGGACGGCGACCGGAAAACCGGUGCGCUCAAACAACUUCAAGGGCACAUUUGGCGCGAAGCUUACAAGUCCGGUGCGAUUAAGGGACAAGUUUGCGAGGACGUCGUUAAAGCUUUGGAGGAAUGGACUAAAUGCGGAAGAAAAAUCUACGUCUAUUCGAGCGGUAGUGUCGAGGCUCAAAAAUUACUCUUCGGUCACUCCGAACACGGUGAUAUGCUGAAGUACUUCACUGAUUAUUUCGAUACCGAGGUCGGUGCCAAGCAAGAAGCUUCGAGCUACAAGAACAUUCUCGCAAAAAUUGGUGUUAAGCCCUCUGACGUGUUGUUCCUCACAGACGUAGCAAAAGAGGCACAAGCAGCGAAAGAGGCUGGUAUAACAGCAAAAAUCGUAGUCCGCCCUGGUAACGCACCUCUGACCGACGAGGAAAAGGUAAAUUUUACAACUAUCGAAUCGUUUCUGGAUUUAUCCUUUCAAACUUCGGCCAAGCGGCAAAAAGUAGAGACACCCGAAGAAAAGGUGGUCGUCGAACCCGAGAGCUCGGUUCCGGAGCCAAUGGAUACGUCCGACGGAGCGGCGGAACCAGCGACUGAAAGCGUCGUGGAGAAGAGCGAGGAAAAGAAGACGACGGACGAGUCGAAGACAACGACUGAAACUGCCAAAGUCGAGGAGACUAAAAUCCCUGAAAAAUCUCAAGAUUCAAGCAUGGAAGUUGACGUGAAGGUUGAGACUGAAAAGAAGCCUACGGAAUCGGUUGAUAAGCCAGCUGUGGCCGAGGAAACAGUGAAAAAAGAUGAAGAAAUAAAAGGGAACGAAAAUAAGGAAGUGGCAAAAGAAAGUCCAACCGUUUGCGAGAUUGCGAAGAAAGAUACAGAAGUUGGAAAAAAAGAGAACGAAGCAGCGGAUAAAACUGAGAGCGAGGCGCCUAAAAAGGAAGUUGAAGCUGCAAAGAGCGGCACUGAAGUAGCGAAAGCAGAAACGACGGAAGAAAUCCAGAAAGACGAAGAAGUGUCGAAAAAAGAGAAAGAAGCAACGAAAAGCGAUGAAGCCGCCGGCGGUGCUUCAGCCGCUGCUACAACCAAACUCGAUACCGAACCAAUGGAUGCGGACAAAUGUGUAUUACCGUCCAAGUCCGAAACCAUUGCCACAACAAAAGAGGAAAAGACUGAAGUAUGCGCAAAGCCUGCCGAUCCGCUCAUAAAAACGGAUAAAAAAGCCGAGACUGAAGUGAGUAAGCCAGUUGAGACGACGGUGACUGAUUCGAAAAUCGAUAAUGAGACUGAUGAGAAAAAAAAUAUUGCUGCCAGGGAAUCGAGCAGCACAGAAUCAACGGUAACGGAGAGUAAAGUUGAGAAGACUCCGGUGGAGGAGAAUCCAACACCGGUGACGUCCACGGAGAAAACAGAGCCGGAAGUAGUGCCGAAAACGGUUGAGAAGACCGGAACGAUAGAGAGUUCUGAAAAGCCUCAGCCAGUAGCCGAAGAAGCUAAGACCGACGUGAAACUGAACGGGGACAGUGCGUCCGGGAAAUGCGAUCAAGUACAAUCGUCAGAUAAAAAAGAAUCGAACGGCGAAGCAAAAGAAGAAACAACGAAGAACGAGCAAGUAGCCCCGAGUGUUACGGAAGCGACGAAAGUUUCGAGCGUAGCUGAAAAAACCGAUGAAAAAAUGGAGCCUGGCGUUGAGAAUACGAAAAAGAAUGAGACCGAAGUUGAGACGAAAGUUAAUGCCGAUGCGACCACCGUGGCGGUCGAAAAUACCGAUGCCAAAUUGAACGGAAUGGCGACAGGAGCGGAUUCGGGUAAGGAAGAAACCGAGAAACCACACAGGAACGGCCUGAACGGCGAUUCCUCAACCGAGAAAAGUAACGGCAAUACGCAGAACGAGGCCGCGUCGAGCUCACAAAACGGCGAAGCCGAGAGUUCAAUCGGUGUAGCCGCCUCCUCGGCCGAAUCGAUAAAAACAAAAAAAGUCGUUGACUCGACGAUCGCUGACGGAGCUGGGGAACCCGAUGUUGUUCCACCCGUAGCCGUAGCCGCGACAUCCUAAUCUCGCUUGCUCUAACAUUUUAAGGAAACAACAAAAACAAAAACAGCCCCCUUCCCUCCCCCUUCAUACAUAAUACCCAAAAUACCCGAUACAGUACUUAUCUUAUAGUAUUAAAGAAAAAGCACCCUCAGAAGUUCGAAAUCCUUUAUCCUCAAUUGCCCUUGUUCCCUCCCAAGAACCCCCACUUCACAUGAAUCGUACGACAUUUAAGCAUAAUGCGAUAAUUUAAGAUACGGCUCACGGGAUUAUCGUUCCUUUAAAUACAGUAUGAAUUAAAAAAAAAAAAACAAAAAAAAGAAAAAUAAAAAAAGAACAAAGACCGGACAAAUCGUGCGUAGCGCCUUACAGAUUCGAUUGUUAUCUUUUUUUUUCUUCGGACUACGACGUAAUUUGUUGGCCAUCGCGGUAUUAACUGUUGUUUUUUUCUUUUUUUUUCUUUUCAAUGUGACUAAUUAUACAAAACCGUAUACUCUUGACUAGAAAAUAAGAUUUUUUUUUUUUUACUCAUUCGCAUUUAACUCGUCGUCGAUCAUUCGAGACUGUCUCGCGGGUAAUUUUAUCAAAAAUUCAUAUUCAUGGAUCGGUCCUUUGAAACGAUUUUUCCCUUUGAUCCUUUUCGUUCAUUUUUCUUUUUCAUUUUCUCGCUCUCGAUACUUGUCGAUGCACACGGGAGCAAAGACGAUCGAAUUUGUCACGCUGCGAACACGGUUUGCCAGUAAUGUUUUAUUUUUUUUUCUCUUUUUUUUACGAGAACUGAGCAUACACUCAUUUUGUUUUUCUAUCGAAUACACCGUUAUUUACGAAUACGAUAACCUAUAGGAUAGUUGAUAUCGCGACUGACGGAGUAAUGGUGUGCUGGAUGUAUAGUGCCAAAAUGAGUUUUGUCGUUUUUUUUUUUCCCCCAGCUUUUCGUUCGAAAAUUUGUUUUUGCAUCCAGUACAAUGGCAUUCAGUUUGUUUGAUUUUUCGUUGUUGCAACUCGUGAAACACAAAUUGUUCGUGUUAUCAGCGUGGAUUUGAAUUCAUUGAAAAAAUUAAUCGCCUCAACGUGUUCGUUGGCUCGUGAUAAGCUCGUGAAAAGUCAAUGAAAACGUACUUGAAUCAUCGGAUUUGCGAGCACGAAAGCAAACACCAGUUUGACGCUCGAGUGUGCUGAAGAAAAAAAAGCAAAAUACAACUAUAAGAGGUUUUGGACUUGCUCGAAAUAACAACAAAAAAAAUAUUUCGAGACUGUUUCGUUAUUCUGUCGUAUAAUUAAUGGUCAUUGAUAGUUCCGAACUUAGAACGAACAAGGCAGUUAUCUCAGUUUAUCUAUAAGUUUUGAACUAAGCACCCAGUCUUAUUAUUUAUUAAUUUUUCCGCCAAAAUUGACUGUGAUUUAAACAUAUGAAAAAGAAAAAAAUGAAUAGAAGUAAGAGUCCAGUAGUGCAUGUUCGUUUCUUCGAUUGAGCACUGUUCCAAAACCUCGUGAUUCAACAAAAUGAUAGAAAAAAAAAACAAGCCUCCUAAGGCUGCCGAAAAUAUCAGCGAGCUUUCGAAAUAAAUAAUUGCCACUCGUAGACCUUUCGCGAACUUCCAACAACGACGAUACGUUUGUUAAGAGUUAACGUUCACGUUUCUACGCCACUUAUAUUUGAUUUUAAUGAAAAUGACUUAAUGGAAAAAUGACCUCGCGUACGUAAUUCCACAGUCUGAAAUGUUUUUCGUCGAGCGAUUUAGUCAAUAAUAUUGUAUAAUUUAUAUGUCAGACACACUCACUCACGAACACAUACAUGAAUAUAUAUAUGAUAUUUUUCGUUUUGCAUCAGAAUUUGAAAAAGCGCUUCGAAAAAAGUCCUCGUAAAAAUAAGUCGUCGAAUUCGUGUAAUGCGUGCUACCGUCUUCGCCUGACUAAGAAUGUUCGACGACCAUACUGUAACUUUUGUUUUUGUAUCUCAUGUCCCGAACAGUUAUAAUUUCGACCUCGACAUGUAGCGUAAUAUUUUAUCGAUGAAAAUUGUUUCCUUUUUUCGUAUUUUUAACAUAAUAUUUCGUAGUCCGAGCAACUAUUUUCACGAUUCAUGGACUAUUCGUUGUUUUUUUAUUGUUCUCUACAUUUAUUGAUGAAUAUAUGAGUUCAUUCCAUGAUUUAUUUUUAUCUCAGAAACAGCACAAUCUCGGUCCCUUGAGUAAAUAAAAGAAAAAUAAUUCAUUACUGUCGUAGAAUUGUAUUGUAGUUGAUGAAUUCGAGACUCGAGAUUUCGUCCUAUGAGACGUGUACGAUUUGUGUAAGAUUUGCAGGGGUAAAAAAACGGUUAAGUGAAAAAGAAGAAUUUCAUGAGAUGUUGUACGUUGGUUUGGUCGCAAAUCUGUUUCGGGAACCGACUGCGUGACUAAUUUUUCGUAUUUCAUAAGUAUUUUUAACUGCCAGCGUUAUUGAGGAUCGAAGCAUAAAAACAAAAAAAAAACCGUUCAACUCCCGAUGUUCGAUCGUUUUAAUUGCUCUUUCUUUCUUUUGUUUCCUUUCUACGCAGGAUAUAAAUUUUAGGUUAACUUUGUGUAAACAUUCCUUAUUCGUACAUCGUGAAUUUUGGUUAGAAAAUUGUUUGUAAUAUUGAAUACUGAAACGUUAAGCCCAAUCGACUGAACUAAAAAAGAAAUCAAAACAAACUCUGAAGAAACGAACUAAUAACGAAAAAAGAAAAAUAAUAAGAUAAAAUAACGUGACUGUGCGCACGCUCAUUCGUUCUUCGAGAAUCGCAGUGCGAAUUGAGACGAUCUCUCUUCGUUCGACUUUUCGUACUCAUCUACGGUCAUCACUUCAUAUCAUUCAUACAAGAUUUGCGUCAAUGUUCGAGAGAGCUUGAUCCUUCAAUUCGCAGUGGGAUUCUUAUGACGAAAUAUACAAUCUAUAACACUUCGAGCGACACUGCAUUUGUAAUUUCUUUGUCUGUCUCUUUCUCUUUCUCUCUCUCUCUCUCUCUCUCUCUCUCUAUUCUUCGUGCUCUCAUUAAUAAUCUUCAUAGCCCGAUUGAUCAGCUAUAAAGUAUCGCAAAUAUUUGAAUAAAACGUUUAUAAUUUAUGAAACGAAUUUUUGACUGAUCUAUCAACCGAGUUGACUGUGGCUAAUUGAUCCUCAUUUAUAAUGGAAAAAAUAUUCAAAGCAUUGACGACUUAUGAUUGCUUAGUCAUUUUUACGACGAACAAGAUUCUAAACACUGCCCUGCCUCUUCCCUCACAGUCAACUGAUAACGAAAAGAAGAAAUACACUUCAAAAUUUCAAGUGACAUUAUCGCUGCAUUCACGAGAAUUUGCAGUUCACCGAGAGAUAAAAAACUUCGACAAGUGCGAAAUUUUUUACGUUUUUUUUUCUUUAUAUAAAACAUUUUUAUGUUCGCGAUAAAUAAUCAUCGAUAUUGUGAAGAGAUUGAUUUUUUUUAUGCGUACAUAAUUUAUAUAUAUAUAUAUAUAUAUAAUAUAUAUAUAAUUUAUAUAUAUAUAUAUAUAUAUAUAUAUGUAUAACGCUCGGUAUGAAUUCGGAGAAAAAAAAACACUAAAUUAAUGGCAUUAGAAGUAAGAUCUUCGAAGGUAACCUAAUUAUUCAAGUAUGAUGAUUCACCGUGUGGUAGACCCGUAUAUCGACGGUUUAUUCGAAUGAUAUAUCGAAGAAAAAGAAAGAAAACCUUGUAAGAAUUUCAUUGGAAAUCCUAACCCUUUUUUUCCCGCCACAACAUUAUGUCUCCAUUGUACUAUUAAUUCCAGAUGUGCACAUAUUCGAUAAUCAGUGUUGCAUGACUUAUAGUUUUGAAAAAAAAAGAAUCGGGAUGAUGAGUUGAUAAGGAAGGACGACGAACGAAACAAAAGGAUCAUGUAACUUGUACAGUAACAGUUCCUGCUAUAAACAAAAUGAGCGGAGUUUUUGUUCGUGUACUCAAGGUAUGAAGUGAAUAAUAGCAUAAAACCCAUACGAUGUCAGAAUUAUGCGUACGCUGGAGACGCAAUGUAUGAUAUAUUCAAUAAAUAUUUGUUCAUAGUA